AUUUUGACGAGGAACGCAGUUGCCAAAAAGAUGACAGCUGAUUCAGAAAAAGAUAGUACUCAUUGUUUGAUAUGUAACAGUAAAGUUGGUGUAUCUACUAGGAAUAGUAUACGAAUCUUUAAUGAAAACUCUGUAACAUCGUCAGAAAAAUCACUUGUAGAUGCCAUUUGUACUGUCUUAGAAACAGAUUUGAAUGAAGAGAAUGUACAUUCUCUUGUCAUAUGUAAAAAAUGUUAUAAAUUAUUUAAUGAGAUUGAUGAACUUGAAAGUCGACUGACAGAGGUAAAAUUAGAAUUAUUUAAUAACUACAAGAAAACUAUUAAAAAGAUAUCUGAUAUGCAAAAUGAAGAAGAAUAUAAUGAUCAUGAUUACAUAGAAAAUACAGAAAGUCAGGAUACAGAUGGAGAAAUUAGAUAUAUACAAAAGGAUGAAUCAGAAAUUCAAGAGAUAGAAGGGGAAGAAGAAAGAAUAGAGGAAGAAGAAGAGGAACCUUCUUGUGAACCAGAGGAAAUUAUUCUGAAAGUUGAGGCCAUACCAGAAACAAGCGGUACUGAAGAAAGAAAGAGGAUAAAACGGGCAAAAAUUACACCAAAAAUUGAACCUCCCCAAGAGCGAAUUGUUACUAGAGAUGGCUCUAUAUAUAGCUGUUUGUUAUGUACAAAUGAAGACGAUAAAGCUGUAGGAGAUGCAAAGUCUAUUAUCGCUCAUGUAAGGAGUGUGCACGAAACUCGUUUAUAUAUUUGCGACAUAUGCGGGGAUGACUUUAAAAAGAGAAAUCAACUAUCUAUUCAUCUUGAUGAUCAUGUUGCUAAAGAGGAAGGAGAUUUUCAGUGUGAAAUAUGUAAUAGAAUAUUUAGUAAUUUGCGGUUGUUUAGGAUUCAUAAAAGAAUACAUUAUCCACAAGUGAAAUCUUGGCCGUGUGAAACUUGUGGUAAACGAUACAGUUCUAGAAAUUUAUUGGAGGAACAUAUUAAUACACAUACAGGUGUACGCCCAUAUGUAUGUGAAAAUUGUGGUAAAGAUUUUGCUUCAAAAUAUACUUAUAAAGCACACGUAAAAACACAUGAAAUACGACCUCGUCCUUAUCAGUGUUCACAAUGUAACAAAACAUUUUUGAGCCAACAAAAUCUUAAUCAACAUGAAAGAACUCAUAAUGGUGUAAAGGAGUACGUUUGCCACCAGUGCGGAAAAGCCUUUGGUUCGCCACAUAAUUUAGAAGUACACAAUAUAGUACAUACUGGUUACAAGCCAUACAUAUGUAGAGUAUGUGGUAAAGCAUUUGCCCGUAAAGCUGAAAUAAGGGACCAUGAAAGGACACAUACUGGAGAGAAACCAUAUCAGUGUGAAUUUUGUGGAGCUACAUUUAGUCAACGAUCAAAUUUACAAUCGCACAAGCGUGCAACGCAUUAUAAUGAUAAACGGUACAAAUGUGACGAUUGUGGAAAAGGAUUUAAACGGCGGAGAUUAUUAGACUAUCAUAUAAAAGCAGCUCAUACCGGUGAAAGACCGUACAAAUGCGAUAUAUGUACAGCAACAUUUGUAUAUCCCGAACAUUUCAAAAAACAUAUGCGUAUACAUACUGGAGAGAAACCUUAUCUCUGCGAGGUUUGUGGUAAAGCAUUUAAUAGUCGAGAUAAUAGAAAUGCGCAUCGGUUUAUACACAGUGAUAAAAAGCCGUAUGAAUGUCUAGUAUGUGGUAUGGGUUUUAUGAGAAAACCUUCCUUGUAUGCUCAUAUGCAGACUCAGGGACACUUAAAUGAUACCAUUGUGGUGAAUCAACCGCGUCUCACUACGGAAGAUGAUCAAGUCAUAACAAUUUCUAAUGGCAACGUGGAACUUUUAGUAGAUGAAGCGGAAAAUGACCAGUUGGAUGAAACUGAACUAUAUGUGACAGAGUUAAAAGAUCAUGUUAUCAUACAGCAGCAAAAUGAGGAUCAAAUGUAUAAUGAAGAAGAUGUAUUAAAUAUUCCAGCAGAGGAAAAUGUUGCGGACGAGGAAGUAAAUCAUCUCGUUGAUGGAGAAAUGAACUUCGCUGAAAAUGAAGUGAUGGAAUGUAAAACUGAAGAUUCGGAGCAAGUAGAAGAGGUAUAUAACUAUAAUGAAACGGAAGAUGGGGAAACAAUAGUUGUACCAACUACCUCAGAGUACAAAGAAGCGGAAGAAGAGAAAAAUGCUGUACGAUUAGUACAAAUUCGAUUUCCAACAUCGGUUGGUGGUGAAGGCCGAAGUUGGUUAAGCUUAGUACAAAACACGUGAAUUUUUGUAUCAUUGUGAUGUACUAUAGCUUCUUAAUAAGGAGUCCGCUUCUUAAUAAAUCUUUAAGUUUAAGUACGUGUAAUUUUGAAGAAACUGCUAUAUUAUUCUUCGAUUAAACUUGAAUUUUGUAUUUAGCUGUAAUUGAUGCAAAAGGCAAAAAACUUAAACUCAUUAUACAAUAUAACAUUUAACGUUUUCAAUUUACUUUUAUGGAAAUGAAGGUGGAAGAAAUUGCUCAGAGAACAUGAAAAUGAUGUUUAAAAAUAGUAAUAUCAAACUAGAUAUUCUAUAUGGUUAUUUAUAACGCAAAGCAGUCAAUAGUAUCAUUUUAAUUGUAAUUUAUUUCUCUUAAGCCGCGUUUUAUGUUUAUGACCCUUAUCUUUUCUUAUCUUAUAAUGGUCACUGCGCAUAAGCAAUUUACUCAAGUUAAAUCAACGAAAAUUAGUGGUUAGUUUCAUACUAAAUUAGUAAAUAGUGCCUAUUAGUAGAUAUGUUUGUAUAUUUUCUAAUAACUUCCAUCAUAAUUCACUAAAUGUAUCGUAUUAAUUUUCUUGAUAUCAAUACUUUUUUACGCGUUUAACAUAAAUUGUAGUUCGUAACAAACAUGUUGGCUAUACUACCGAAAAGCAUCCGUGACCGAACGAGACGAAAUUUAGCUGAUAUCAUUGGAUGAGACAGUAGAUUUGAAAUAUAAGAUCUUAGCUUCGGGAUAUUAUAAGUUUGGAAGAUGCAGGUCUCUAUAUGUAAUAGAUCUUCACUGCUAUUAGAUACACGGUGCAUUCGACAAUUAGUACAUAUAACCAUAUGGGUAUGAAUGAGGUACGUAUAUGUAUAUUACAUUCAAAAGCGUUUAAUGUCAAUACAAACUUCAUGUCGAUAUUUUUUAAUGUGUCUUUAAUCUUUUCGCUUAUUGAUGUUUCGGUCUUUUGGCUUAGGAUAAAGAUGGUUAAGGAUAUCUCUAUGCGUGAAACAAAAACCAGUAAGAGAAUUACGUAAGUAUAUAUCGCUGUUUUGCUUUGAUGGUGGCACAAUUAAAAAAUUGUAAACUUUAAAAGAGGGCGUUUUAAAAUUUACAAAGAAAUCUUUGUAACCCAUUUCAACAAUAUUAUAAGGCUUACUUAAUACGAGAUAUGCCACUAUUCGCGAAAGUAGUACAACCUUCCAUUUAUAGCGUUAUAAAACAGAUGAAGAUGGGCCAGUGUUGUUGCAGGACUAAGGCCUGGUUGAUAACGGUAUACGUAAUGAUUUUGCCAUCUGACGCAAAACUGGUAGUUAAAAAUAUAAAUAUACGGUUUAACAUGAUAAAAAUAGAAACAUAGUAUAGGCUUCCUAUUGAAUAAAAGUAAAUUUGAAGUUUUUUUUAGAUGUGUCACUAUCAAAGAGAGCAACGAUAUGUGAGUACAUAUUAUGUUUUCGUGAUUGGAAGAAAGGCAAGAAGAAAGGGCUUGAUUUGUACGUAGAAAUGAUUCAGUUUAUUCGAAUAGUUUAUCCACAGUUGCAUAUCAUGCUACUGCCGUUAAUUUCGUGAAAAAUGUCGAACGGAGUAUCUUAAUAGUAUGUUUCGAACGUAUAACCUUUCAAAGGUAAAAUUUUAUAUUUCAAGCUUAAUUACCUCGUCCCAAUGAUACUCAUUGAAUUUUGUUCUGCUCAGAGACCAUUCGGAAGAAUACCCAAGAACUUGCCUUAGCGGUAGAAUUAGAGAAUUUAAGAUUUAAAUGCUUCAAAGUACCAUACAAAAUUUGAACGAAUCGCCUUUCUGAACUUUUGAAAUCAAUAUAUUGCAUCGUUUCUAUGUAUAAUAUCUCCUAUGACAAACUGUAUAAGAAUAAUAUUUGUUAUAGACAUGGCAUCAUACUAUGUAUUUAAUUUCUAUGUAUUAUUAGUUAUGUAACAUUCUUUAUAAAUAUUAAUACAAAUAUGUACAAUUAAAUAAAAUUAUAAUGUUCUUA